UUAUAAAUACAAGGGCAGAGCUGGGGUCCAGGGGAGUCAGAGAGCAGAGACGCCCAGGAGUCCUCAGGCUGGUACUGGCUCUGCACAGGGAAGAUGAAGACCUCGAUAGCUGCCCUCUCCUUCCUCAUCCUUGCUGCGCAGGCUGCACUUGAACACAAGCUACCAGACCUGCGUUAUGAACAUUCAAUUCUUCAAGGAGGCUUUCACCGUCCCACGGACUGCUGCGUGACUUACACCUCACGAAAUAUCCGAUGUGUAUUCAUGAAAGAUUAUGUAGAAACAAGCAGUGCGUGCUCCCGGCCUGCUGUCAUCUUUGUCACCAAAGGAGGGCAGCGUGUCUGUGCCAACCCUAAUGAUGAGCGAGUUCGGAAAUGCAUGUUGGACCUGGAGCAGGACUCAAUGAUGAAGGACCUGAGAGAACUAUUGCUUGAGAAGGGAUACUUGGAGCGGGCCAGCUAAUCUCCAUCUCUCUUGCCCCGACUACCUCCUAGGAGGGCCCUGGCCUGAAUUAAUUUUUAAAAAGCAACAUUUGCUGUUCUGUUCUGGUUACAAAAGCAAUGCAUUAAUAAAAAG